AUGUCUUCCACGUCAACAGACUCGUUCCCUCAAUCGACCGUUGUUAUUGAAAAUCCAUUUAAAUUUCAAUGGCCUAAUAUUUAUGCUCGAAUUAUGGAGCCAAUAUUUGAUUGGAAUCAGUUUCGACGUACUCAUUUGCAAUUUAAAACUGGUGAAACCAUCCAUCAUAGUCGCGUGUAUGAUCGAUGCAAUUGCUCAAUGGUAUCAACAUCUACUGAUAUCACUUUACCACCGUGCUCUGUUCACGCUGCUCAUCGCUAUAUUCAGUUGAAAACGGGUGAUACUAAUCCAAUUCAAACAUGUCCAUGUGAAUUUUGUCGAAAACGUCUACGUGAAGAUGAGCGACCAUUAGGUCUUCCAUCACAUUCAGAUCUUAGACGUUUGUAUCCAUCAACAAUAUUUAAAUCCAAUUCCACCAUGAUGUAUUUAUCGCGUCCACAUAGUGCACCAACAUUGCAUAGUGCAGAUCCAACAUUUCCAUUAGAGCAAACAUUUGCUAUGAGAUAUAUUCCAACGUAUAAACGUUAUACUCGUCCAGAUGGCAUUAAAGAAGAAAUAUUUGAUAUUCAACAGGUGCCAAUAUCAAAAUCAGCAAUACCUACACAAUUGGGAUUACGUUUAGAUGCGGAACCAAAUCAUGAUCAUUAUGCAAUGUUAAAUUUACCAUCACGUGAUGCCUAUUUUAGAAACAUGUUGGACUACUUUGAAGGCGGAUCAUCAAUGGUUACAAACUAA